CUUAAUCACAACAACAAUCACAAGACCAUCGUAUUCAAUCAUAAAAAUCUUUUGUCAAACGCUCUGUUCUCUCUCCUAAAAAUAAAAGCCUUGAACCCUAGAACUCAUUGGAGUUCCGGCGCCGCGGCCGGUUCUCCGGCGAGUUCUCUUUUCUUUUUCUCCAGUUUUCAAUAGCUCUUGUUCGUGUGGUGAAGUUGAGGCGGAAACAAGCUCCACGAAGAGCUUCGACCUCCGUUUAAUUCUACCCUCUUCUCACCGGAGAUUUUGUUUUUGUUUUUGUUGGCUUACGCUAGAUAAGGAGAAGAGGAAUCCUUUUCCACCGGGCAUUCGCGUUGCUUAGAAGAAGGAUCGUGGUUACCGAUCCGUGUGUUAAGGGGACGAAAUUGACGAAAAGGGGUCUUGGGCUAACUCUAACGCCACCGUUAGGGGAUUGCUGGAAAAAAAAAGGACAUCUCGACGGUAAUUGGUGAAGUUAGGGUUAGGGUUUCGUAGAUUUCCGAUCAAUUUCGAAAUUCUCCGUUAUGGUUUUCUUCUUUGUUAUUUUGGUGCUCUGAUAUAGGCUCUGAAGCGAGAAACCAAGAACAAUUGAAGAGUUCCCAAGGCUAAAAGCUUAAAUAAAAUAAACCCCACAAAAAUGGCAGAACCCAAUAACCCGAAAACCCACCAUGAACACCCAAAACUAUCUAACCCACAAUCAACAUCAAAAUCACCGUCAACAAAACCCUCAAUUGAAGCUCACAACAAUGGCAGCACCAUCAAUGGCUCUAAUUCGGGUCAAAGAAUCCAUUUUACCAACCCACCCGAAUCAGUUAACCCGGAUGCUGCAACUUUGAGAGAUCAAUGGAGGUUUGCUAUAAGGCAAUACAGCAGAUGGUAUUCUCAUGCUUGGGGUACUGCUAUUCUUGCUGGUGGGGCCUUCUUUGCUCUUGGUUGGAUCAUCAAAGGUGGAAACCCUCUUCCUUCUAAAGAAUCUGAUCAUAGAAAAUCUGAGGGUUCUUCAACUUCUGCUCAAAAUCAAGGAGAAAAAUAAUUUUCUGGGAUGGAGAAACAGUUACAGGUAGAAUGUGCCCCGAUAAUGGUGCAAGUUGUUUUAUUGAUGACAUUGUGUCAUGAGGUAUCAUGUUGGAGCUGAACUUCAGACCAUUGGCUCUGUGGAGUAUGUAUGUUAGUGACCCUUUUCAAACUCCCUUUCAACCCCUGCUUAACUCGAGAGCUUGACUUUUAUUGCUUUACCCUGUGUGCUUGAUUCACUAGUAUGUGAUUGUACAAAUAGUCGGAAAUAUCUCUUUUCUAUAGGCAGAUUUGUAGCUGUUAAUUUUAAAAAUGCGAACUCUGCGUUUUAGUGAUGGAGAUUGUUUUACCUUUGUGGAAACUCCAAGAAAGUUACAUUUUUCUUUCCUGCUU